AUGGCAACCAACGGAGAUACCAAUGGCCAGAAUACCGGCACGGGCGAGGAGAAAAUCAACACAGACAUCAUCACCCUUACUAGAUUCCUGACGGAAGAACAGAGCAAGCACAAGGAAGCAACGGGUGACUUCACACUGCUCUGCCAUGCCCUUCAAUUCUCCUUCAAAUCCAUCGCCUACUAUAUCCGUCGCGCCACUCUGAUCAAUCUGACCGGUCUCGCUGGUUCUUCUAACACGACAGGCGACGAUCAGAAAAAGCUCGACGUGAUUGGCAAUGACCUGUUCGUGGCGGCCAUGCGCGGAUCUGGAAAAUGCAGAGCCCUAGUGUCGGAAGAGGAAGAGGAGGUGAUAUACUUUGACGACAGCCAUGAUGCCAGAUACGUCGUGGCCUGCGAUCCCAUUGACGGAUCGAGCAAUUUGGAUGCCGGUGUCAGUGUAGGAACUAUCUUUGGAAUUAUGAAAUUGCCGGACAGUGUCGUUGGCAAGAAACCCUCCCCAGAGGAUCUCCUUAUGCCAGGCACGGAACUGCUUGCUGCUGGCUUCACCAUGUAUGGCGCCUCCGCUCAACUCGUCAUCACCAUGAAAGGCGGCUCUGUUAACGGAUUCACUUUGGACAACGCCCUAGGAGAAUUCAUCCUCACACAUCCGAACAUGCGCAUCCCAAAGAAGCGUGCCAUCUACUCUGUGAACGAGGGCAACUCCCUAUACUGGACCGACAAAACAAAGGCGUACUUCGAGUCGCUCAAAUACCCCACCGAAAAGGGCGGCAAGCCAUACAGUGCCCGCUACAUUGGGUCUAUGGUUGCCGACGCUUACCGCACUUUACUAUACGGAGGUAUUUUCGCAUACCCGGCGGAUAAGAAAUCCCCUAAGGGAAAACUGAGGAUUCUGUACGAGUGUGCACCUAUGGCAUUAGUUAUGGAGAAUGCGGGUGGGAUGGCAGUUAACAGCAAUAUGAAGAGGAUGCUAGAGGUGAAGCCAGAAGGUAUCCAUGACCGAAGUGGGAUCUUCAUGGGCAGCAAGGAGGAGAUGGAGAAAGUCAUUGCGGCGCACAAGUAA